UGAUCGCUAGCCGAGCGUCAGUAGAAAGACAACCUCCGUAGUGGUAACAUCGUCUUUCGGGAACGCUUACACACGGUUUCAUCUACUACUCGUUUUCCGAACUUGAACUCAUCAACAUCUUUUAACCCCUACCCUAAUCUACUACCGUAGUUCCUCAGAGUGUGCCUACUAGCUACCCCAGUGUGUUUUAUUUUCGUGUUGUGAAGUUGUUGUUUUCACACCGAUGGAUACCUACAAAUUAUUGUGAUCAAGUAUUUUUGAUUUGUGGUUGUGGCCCGGUUAUGACAACGUUGGGCGAAAUAUUUCUGCACAGUUUUGGAUCAGACAGCGAUCACAGAUGCAAUGUUAUCAGGCUGGGGCACUCGGCCUCCGUGUCAGCAGUAUGUGAUGGUUGACGGCGAGCAGCGAUGCAAUCGCCACCCCCCACCGCCCCCUCGCCACCCGCACUAGACCUGCAGCCGCCCACAACCAGCAUGAGUCCUGAGGAGGAGACGUCGGCCUCGCCGCCCGCGGGCCUGGUGGCAGGCGGCAGUCACCGCGAGGAGGCCAGGAUAUCCUCGCCGCCGUCAGGGAGCAAGUUCGUGCACGACAAGGAGGAUGACCAUCGAGGAUCAACGAGGAACAUCGACGAGGAUGAUCGGCUCACCACCACCAAAGAAGAGGACAACUCGUGGACCAACUCUGACGUCGAGAAGUUCGACGGCAAGAUCGUCUACAACCCGGACGGAUCGGCCUACAUCAUAGAAGACAGCGAGAUGUCCGAGGAUGACGCCGUCGAGAUCCCGCAACUGAUCCGCGACGGCUGCAUAGUCGACGGUCCCGGCGUCAGUUUGUCGCAGUUCCAGGUGUUCCCCCAGAUCGCUAACGCGUUCUAUGUGUCCAGAAACAACGUCUACAAUGCGUUAUAUGGUGGAGCAACUGGCGGACAAUCUUCUCACGCCUACUCAAUGCACGACAAAAAAAUAGUUCCUGAAGUGCCCAUAAUGCACAGCUACAGGGUGUACACUGUACGUGAUAAUAAGACUGGCGAGGUGGGUAAAAUGAGUGCAGGGUUGGAGGAAUCCGACAAGAAACCACAGAGCAAAGACUGUUCAUCGGUGCCCGUGAAGCCCAUCCUCAUGUGUUUCAUCUGUAAGCUGUCAUUCGGGUAUGCUAAAUCAUUUGUGGCUCACGCCAUGGGUGACCACAACGUAGUUUUACAGGAUGAUGAGCGGGAUAUCCUGGGCCACAAGAACUGCAGCGCCAUCAUCCAGUGUGUGGGCAAACAGAAGGAGCCAUUGGUUUCGUUCCUGGAACCACUCUCGCCUCCCGUAGUGAGCCUGAAAGCGCCGCAGUCGCCCGCACGCGCGUCGCCUGUCGAUGACAUCACCAACACACCCUCAAGGGGGACAACCUCGCCUCUGCAACAGUCCUCUGUCCAGAAUAAUCAACAUGUUCCUGAGACUUCGGUCUCCCUACCCGAACACUCGGGUAGUUCUAGUAAUAAUGAUAAUGUUAAUAAUCUUAGUAGUGUUAGUAGUAGUAGGAUGUCGUCAAUGAACAACUGUGUGAUGGACCUGACAAGAAAAAGUCCAGCAUCGCAAGGGGGCCGCAGCAGUGUAUCCCCCUCCCCAGGGGCCAGUCCGUCCCCUGGUACCACCCUCAGUCCGCUGCUGGGGGCCGGAGGGGGUCUGCCAUACCCCCAGCCACCACCCAACUUCCUCACUGGCACCACGAUAGGGGUGUGCCCUGACCACAUGGCCGGUCGUCCCAGUGGUGUCGAGUGCUCCAAGUGUGAGCUCAUCCUCAGUUCCUCCCGGUUGGGUGGCGUCGGUGGUCCACUAGCUGGCAUGCACUCACGCAACUCCUGCAAAACCCUCAAAUGUCCCAAGUGCAACUGGCACUACAAGUACCAGGAGACACUUGAGAUCCACAUGAAAGAAAAACAUCCCGAAACUGAAACCUCCUGCAUUUACUGCAUUGCAGGUCAACCACAUCCCAGACUAGCACGAGGUGAGACAUACACCUGUGGAUACAAACCAUACCGCUGUGAGGUAUGCAACUACUCCACAACAACAAAAGGCAACCUCAGCAUACACAUGCAAUCUGACAAACAUCUCAACAACAUGCAAGAACUACAAAAUGGUGGAGUCAGCAACACUGAGCUCUCCCAACAACAAUCUGCACCUUCACCACAAUCCCAACAACAUCACAAACCUGGUGGUUUGGCUAGUCCUGGACCUGGACAUCACCACCCCCAUCAUUCCAGCCCAUUGGCUGCUCAAUCUUCUCAAAAACCAAAACCCACCUUCCGUUGUGACGUCUGCAACUAUGAAACAAAUGUGGCCCGUAACUUGCGUAUCCACAUGACUAGUGAAAAACACACCCACAACAUGAUGGUACUGCAGCAAAACGUGAAACAUAUGCAGACGUUGAACGCGAUACAACAGUCCCACCAGCAACAGAUGGGUUUUGAGUCACUGCUGUUCCACCCUGGUAUGACACUACCAGGUGAGAAGCCACCUCCUCACACCGAGGCUGCUCUGGCUGAUAUGGCUUACAACCAGGCGCUGUUGAUACAAAUGAUGACAGGCGGUCAGCUACCUCCUCACAUUCCUCCCGAGCUGGCGCCUCAUAUGGACAUGGGGUUGAACCCUGACACCAUGGAACCACCCCCUGAGCCCGCUGACCCCGACCCCGAACAUCUCUUCCAAUGCUGUGUCUGCAAUGUGUUUGCUAGUGAUAAUCUAGAAGCAUUGUCUCACCAUCUUGCAGCUGAUCGCACGAAAAUCAGGGAACAAGAGAUUUUGGCUGUGGUCGCAGGUCACUACGUUUGUAAACUCUGCACGUAUAAGACGAACUUGAAGGCUAACUUUCAACUGCACUGCAAGACUGACAAACAUCUACAACGACUGCAGCAUGUGAACCAUGUCAAGGAAGGUGGACCCAGGAAUGAGUGGAAACUGAAAUACGUUUCCUCUCCCGGAGGAGUGCAGGUUAGGUGUCAUGCUUGUGACUACUAUACCAACAGCGCUCACAAACUACAACUCCACACAGCAGGACAACGUCAUGAGGCUUCUGCUCUGCUCUUUAGACACCUCAGAGACCAGGAUAGGAGUUCGAACUCGGCAAGGAUCUAUCACUGUGCUCUAUGUGGGUUCAGUUCGAGAAAUAAGCUGCCACUGCUGCAGCAUGUGAGAUCUAUGAAGCACCUGCAGAUGGAGCAGAUUCAUCAGCUGCAGCGGCGAACUGAGGGCAAGGAUGUGCAGACUGACAUUGGAGAGGUGUUCCAGAUCCUAACGCCGCCGCCCGAAACACCUGAGCCUGAGAGUACAGAAAACUGUGAUCUAACACGUGAUAGCGACAGUAAACCAGAUCUGAAAGAGCUCUCCUCACCGAGCAACCAGUGCGAGUCCCAAGCGCGUCACAGUCAAGACUCAGUCGACAAGAGUCCAAAACCGUCGUCCAAAGAGUCAUCCUCGGCAAGUCACCUCUGUCCCUACUGCAACUACACCAGCAGCUCCGAGCUGCAGAUCCAAGCUCACGUUCUCGCCCAGCAUUCGCAGUCGGACCGACCUCGUUCGUCUCCGUCACCCGCCAAGGAAACCUUUCUGUGUCCUCUCUGCCAGGACGGCUUCAAGGAUAAACCACAACUGGAGAGACAUGUCAUGCAGAUUCACAGCGUCAACUCUGAAGGCUUGCAACGGCUUCUGCUAUUGGUUGACCAAUCACAUUGGUUGAACACGGUCUCCCGCCAGAACACAACCUCCAACCAAAACCUCUCACCCUCCUCUUCAUCCAGUAAGGACCAGGAGCAGAAACAGAACACCUCGGACUCCAGUAUGAAGAUGGACGAGGACAAAGAUGAGGUGCAUAAUUUGUCAUCAUCUGAAGAGCUACCUGAAGACGAGAACCGUUGUCAAACUUGUUCCAAGUCUUUCAGAAACAUCGAUGAGCUAUGUGCCCAUCAAAACGAAACAGGACACCUGGAACUAAAACAAACCCCCAGUGGACCCGGUUAUCUGUGUUGGAAAAAGGGCUGCAAUCAGUAUUUCCAAAGUGCACACAGUCUCCAGAUGCAUUUCAGAGAGAUCCAUUCCCGUGGAGGAGGAGGUGGUGCUUCCAAUAUGGCGGUGUCUGAGAAACAUGUCUACAAGUACCGGUGUAACCAGUGUAGUUUGGCAUUCAAAACCAUGGAGAAACUCCAGAUGCACUCCCAGUACCAUCUUAUCAGAGAUGCAACAAAAUGUGUGCUGUGUGGGAGGAACUUUAGAUCAAUGAUUUCUCUCAACAAACAUGUAGAAAUGUUUCAUGCUGAUAUGAACGAGGAGGAGAUGAUGGCAUACAAGCAAAGCUUGAUGAACAACCCGCUGCUUUUGGCUGGACUGAGUGGGCAGAUUCUGGAUCCCUCUUUCAAUGAGCUGCUCAAGAAAGAAACGAUGAAAGCUGAUGAUGAUGUCAUGGAAGUUGAUGAUAGUCCCGGAAAAGAUGGACAAGAUGAUGGUUCGACUCCAGCUGGAGAUGGGGACAACAGUGAUGAUUCGAUUGUGUAUAAGGAUCAGCAGUUUCUGGAGGACUACUUGAACAGUCAGGCAAUUGCAGAGGACAGCUACAAUGACCCCCACCGUAAAUACAAGUGUCACCGGUGUAAGGUUGCAUUUACAAGACAGAGCUAUCUAACAAGUCAUAACAAGACAUUGCUCCAUAGAAAGGGUGAAAAACUGAGCUACCCAAUGGAGAAGUAUCUAGACCCCAACAGACCUUACAAGUGUGAUGUAUGCAAGGAAUCGUUCACCCAGAAAAAUAUCCUAUUGGUGCAUUAUAACUCAGUGAGUCAUCUACAUAAAUUGAAGAGAGCAAUGCAGGAGCAACAGCAGAACAACAACAAUAACACCCCAGUUUCUCCACAGACGGCAGCAUCUGUAGCUGCAGCGGCUGCAUUGGUAGCUGGUUUGGGUGUUGCUCCAUCAUCAGCUGCAACAUUGAACUCCAAAAUGAUGUCAUCAUCCUCAACUUCAGAGGAAGAUGAUAAGAAGCCAUACAAGUGUAAUAUAUGUAAGGUGGCUUACAGUCAGGGAUCCACUCUGGACAUCCAUAUGAGAUCAGUUUUGCAUCAAACCAGAGCAUCCAAAAUUCAAGAUUUGGCACUUUCUGGUCAGAUAGAUUUGAGUAAGCCGUUGAUAGAGCAACCGGAGCCUCAAAAGGUGCAAGAUCAGCAUAAAAAGUCAAUACAAGACAUCCUUGGGUCUCCAAAACAUCUGAGCUCUCCAUCAGGGAGUUCAAUUUCAACUCAGGUGCCGUCUCUCAGCCAGGGUUCAUCCCCAGGGACACCAAUCACUUCUGGCACAUCCUCAACACCGAAUUUGUCUACAGUUCCUACUAGCUUAGUGAUGUCUAGUGCUGCCAGCAGCACGACCUCAACAACAUCUGUGAUACCUUCUCCAUCUCAACAUGGCAAUGUGAUUUCAUGCCAGAGGUGCAGUGCACUGUUCAUGACUCAGGAACAGCUGACCACUCAUCAGCAACUCUACUGCCUUUUCGGGAGUCCCAUGUCACUCUUCCCACCACUGCCCACAACAGCAUCCCAGAAUACAAUGACUCAGUCACUAGCCUCACCACACGCAGGCAAUAACAACAGUCCAUCUCCAAUACCACUGACUCCCAAUGAUGACGCCUUCUCUAGAAUGGCACUUCCCACCAAGAAAUCGUCCCAGAUGUACAAACACCUUCUAGAAAGCUUUGGGUUCGAUUUGGUGAUGCAGUUCAAUGAAAACCACCAACGUCGCCAGAGGAAAGAACGUGAGGAGAAUGAAAAACUCAUGUCAGAAAUCACAUCCACCACAACAACAAUUGAAGAACAGCAACAGCAUCAACAACAGCAGCCACAACCGAUCCCCAUUCCCAUGGAGGAAGCUCCUGUGGAACCUGAGCCUGUAGAAAUGAAAAUGGAGGAAGAACCCAUUGAAGCUGACCUUCCAGAAGUUUCCAAAUCAACCUGUCAACACUGCAACAAAGAAUUCUCGAGUGUCUGGGUGUUGAAGGCACACUGUGAAGAAGUCCAUCGUGAUCUAGUCCCAUUAGAUUUCCUUGAAAAGUAUGCCCAGAAAUUCAAGAAUGAGUAUGAAAAGAAAUCAGUUCCUACAACAACCGCUUCCAACUCGACUAGUACAGUCUCCACAUCAACUACAACUACCACAAACAGUAGCAGUAAUAUUUCAUCUACUACUAGUACAACAACAACUAGUAGUGCUACUAGUUCCAGUGCAGAAGUAACUCCUGAGAAGGAAGUGGAAGUGGAUAGUAAGGAGAUAAUUCAAGCUAAGUUGGGAAUGAUACAAGAUGUGCAACCUAGUAAACCUAGUGCUACUUCAACACCACAGCAGGCUCCACAACAAGCAUUGCAACUCACACCAACAGAGAAUUUGACACGUGCGAGUACACCUACAGCUUCUUCAACUCCAGCUUCCAGUACGGAUUCAAUUCCAAUGACCAACCCCAUGUCUGCAGGGGUUUCAGGGAACAACAGCAACCCCAACAUCCCCAUGUCCCUGGCACAGCAGAUGAACGAAAUGCAGGCUGCGCUGAACGUGAUGGCCGCUUCCCAGCUACAACAGCAACUGCAGUUUAACCCCAUGAUGAUGGGCAUGGCAGGUUUAGGCAUGGGGCUCCCUCUGGGUCUGAACAUGCCAGCUAUUGCCGCCAUGAACCUGCAGCCGCCUCUGGUGCCCAUGAUGAUGCCUCCGCCUCCAUUCGACCCCAUGGUUGGCCUGGGUCAAGGUCAGAAUCCGCUCUUUGGUCAGCAACAGGACACCGCCUCCCUUCUAGCCAAGCAACAGCAGCAUCUGCUGCAGCAACAGCAAGCGGUGAAUGCUUCCCAGCAGAAACGGGCUAGAACACGGAUCACGGACGAUCAACUGAAGAUACUAAGGGCUCACUUUGACAUCAAUAACUCGCCAUCUGAAGAACAAAUCCACGACAUGGCUGGACAAAGUGGCCUUCCACCGAAAGUUAUCAAACACUGGUUUAGGAACACACUGUUCAAGGAACGACAAAGAAACAAGGAUUCUCCAUACAACUUCAACAAUCCACCUUCAACAACUUUGAACUUGGAGGAGUAUGAGAAGACUGGAGAAGCAAAAGUUAUGCCACUGAAUGUGGAUGAUUUGCAGAGCCCCAGUACACCUAGUACGAAGGAGCCACCAACUAGCACAACUCCUGUGAGUGCUGCAGUGACACAGUCUGUGAAGAAACCGCCACCUCCCCAAUCUCCACAAUCGACAAUCUCUUCUCAAAUUCAACAAUCUCCUCAGUCUUCCCCGACACCUCAGAAACAAUCGCAGUUGUUGGGUAUGUCAACACCUUCCUCAGCAUCAUCGUCUCAGAAUCAGAUGCAACAACAACAGAUGAACUUGUCUAUGCCAUUUCCUCAUCCCCCGGAGCAAAUAAAGACUGAGCCGAGAGACAUUACUCUUCAGUCACAUCUAGUCGAACAAGAACAACAGCAAAAGUUCAAUAGUCUUAUGCUUGAGACUGAAAGCCGAUUGAAACGUGAGAUCACGGACGAGAAACCGAGUUUCUAUCAACAUGGUCAGCUACACUCACCACCCAGCCCCAGUCUAAGUGACCGUAUGAACCCUUCACGUAAUGCAUCACCUGAGAAUCUCACUUUAUCUUCAAUAAUCAACUCGCAACUGGGACCUGAUGGUAUGCCAACCAACUCUGGUCUCAACAUACCUUCCUCACAUUCCAACAUGUUGCCUCCCAAGUUGACUGCAACAAGUUUUGCAACACCACCCACACAAGUUGCAACAUCUUCAGCUGGUGGUUUGUGUUUGACACCCACUUCAAGAAGCAUCAGUCCUGGAAGGUCUAAUUCAUCAGAUUGCUUCACACAUGCACUUCUGGCUGGAGCUGGAGGCAACAGUAAUGGCAGUAACUCAUCUGGAGGAUCAUCAGGGAAACGAGCAAACCGAACACGGUUCACUGACUAUCAAAUCAAAGUGCUGCAGGAGUUUUUCGAAAACAAUGCCUACCCAAAAGAUGAUGAUUUGGAGUACUUGUCAAAGCUGCUCAGCUUGAGUCCUAGAGUGAUUGUGGUUUGGUUUCAAAAUGCACGUCAGAAGGCAAGGAAGGUGUAUGAAAACCAACCUCCAGUGGAACCAGCUCCUGGCAUUGAUGAAACGGGUGCUAACAGAUUUCAACGUACACCAGGUCUGAAUUAUCAGUGUAAGAAGUGUUUGCUGGUGUUCCAGAGAUACUAUGAACUGAUACGUCAUCAGAAGACACAUUGUUUCAAGGAGGAGGAUGCUAAGAGAUCUGCUCAAGCACAAGCAGCUGCUGCACAAAUUGCUGCUGUCUUGUCUUCUGAAGAUUCAAAUUCCAGUACUAUAAUUGAGCAGAAUCAGCAAUCUAGUAUGACUGGUGCUACACCUACAAGCAACCCCUCUACUCCUGCUGCCCCUGUAACACCCACUCCUUCUCAAUCAAUGUAUCCUCCCUCCCCUGUCCCACCUAGUACUCCCACUCCUGAUCCCAAAGAGAACUCGUUCCAAUGUGACAACUGCAACCUUGUCUUCCCCAGGUUCGAUCUGUGGAGGGAACAUCAACUAGUCCACAUCAUGAAUCCCAACCUGUUCCCUUCCUACCCACCAGACAGUCCAUUUGGCAUCCUGCAACAACAUGCUCAGAUGCAACAACAAGCACAACAACAGCAACAGCAGCAGCAGCAACAACAACAAGCUCAACAACAACAGAAUAUGAGUUUGGCAUUGUCUGACCUCAAUAUGACCCCCCAAACCGCUCAACAGCAUCCAUUGAUAUCAAUGUUGACAGCAAACAAGAGGAAAUUCGAGGAGUUUGAAGAGAUGUGUGAACGGGAAGGUGAACAACCUAAAGACAAGAGACUUCGUACAACUAUCCUCCCAGAACAACUGGACUACCUGUAUCAAAAGUAUCAAGUCGAAAGUAAUCCAUCCAGAAAGAUGUUGGAGAAUAUAGCAAGGGAAGUUGGAUUGAAGAAGCGUGUGGUGCAAGUCUGGUUCCAGAAUACUAGGGCUAGAGAGAGGAAGGGACAGUUUCGAGCUCAUUCUCAAGUCAUCAACAAACGGUGCCCAUUUUGUCCAGCUUUAUUCAAGGUCAAGUCAGCACUGGAAAGUCAUCUAGCCACAAAGCAUGGAGACCAUUGUGGACGUGGAGAGAUCAACAUUGAUUCACUGCCUGAUGAGGAUGUGAGUUCGGAGUCCACCCCAACCUAUGCUUCAUCUCAGGGUGGUGACUCGAAAGUGUCAGCUGCCAGCCUGGAGGCAAACCGACAAAACAUGAACAUCAUGCCACCAAUAUUCCCACCUUUCAACUCAGAAAUGGAAAACAACUUGAAAAAAUACUAUGAAGAGUCAAUGAGAAAGUACAUCAGUGGACUGCAAAACCAGCAUGCUUCACAAAAUGGAGGAAAAGAUGUGUCAGACUUAAGGUUGAAGGGGGAAGGAGGUAGUGGUCAACCGGGGGAAGGAGGGGGCACAGGAGGGGACAGCCCCCUAGAUCUCAGUCGCCCCAUGAAGUUGACCCUCGAUCAAGAAGUGCGGUCAUAUCUGGCUGACCCUGGUCCCUUGACUGAUCUCAGUGAAAGGAGUUUGUGUGAUGAUGACAACCUCUCACUUUCUCUCUCCAUCUCCUGGUCUGAGAGCACAGAAAACCUGGAUGGUGACGAAAGUAACCCGGCUUCCCCUGCUUCGAGCCCCUCGGGUGGUCAACGUCCUAGUGCCCACAAGAGAUACAGGACACAGAUGAGUAGUUUACAGGUGAAAGUUAUGAAAUCGUUGUUCAACGACUAUAAGACCCCCACAAUGACUGAGUGUGAGAUGUUGGGCAAGGAGAUAGGACUACCUAAAAGGGUUGUUCAAGUGUGGUUCCAAAAUGCACGUGCAAAGGAGAAGAAGACAAAGUUGGCGUUACAUAAGGUGUUAGGUGGUGGGGAAGGUGAUUCCCAAAGAUUGCCAGAGGAGUGUAAGCUGUGUCAGUUCAAGUACUCACAUAAAUACAGUGUGCAGGAUCAUAUCUUCACCAAGUCCCACAUCGAGGUGGUGAAGGCAUACCUGGAGAGCAGGAUGUCCAAGGCGGAUCUAUCAGGAAAUGCGAGCGACGGCGAGUUCACAAUUCCCUCAGUACCUGGCGGAGCCUCUGAUGUUGUCAACAACAACAACAAUAACAACACCAGUCAGCAACAACAAUUGGCGCAAUUGCAGAUUCUCCAGCAGAUGGCGAGUUUGAAUUUGCCCGCCCAUGCAAUGGCGGCCAUGGCGGCUGCUAAACUGGACCCCAAGGAGCAGCAUCCGUCACCUGAUGAGAUGGCACUCCUACAUCAGCUCUAUGGUCUCGGACUGUCCUUCCCGCAGAGCUUCAUGCAUCCUGGAAUGCUUUCGUCGACUGGUUUUUAGACAUUUCCACCUACGUCCACACGUGCUGUAAGCUGCAAGACACUGAAUAGAACAUAGGAACGAAUUAUUGAAAUUUAGAAUUAAAUUAAUUGAACUUUAAAUUAAGGCAAUGAAAAUAAAACGCUUGUUUAAAUAGAAUAAUAUCUUAUGACGACUUCUGUAAAUUAUAUUAAUAGAUAUUACAACAACAUAGUUCUUUAUUAAUAUGUUAUGUUAUAAAUAUAUAUGUCUUCUAUCUGACGGACCAUGACUUUUACAUAUGAACUUUUAAUAAUACUCUUGUACCAUAAAUAUUUUUCUAUUAAUAUAAAAAUAAUAAUUAUUAUUAUUGUAUAUAGCUUUGUCCUCUCUCUCUUUAAUAAUAUUAUGUCAAGCUAGGUGUAUAAUUUGUGUUCCUUACUAUUUUUUAAUUGGUAAUUUAUGAUAUUAUUAAUAUUAUUUUAGUUUUAUUCGAAGCGGUCUUUUGAUCUAAUUUGAACAACUUGUAAAUAACAGUGUUUCAAUACUCGAACAAAAAAUUAAGAAAUGUUGAGAUUAUUUGAUAUUAGCCUUUUACGUUAGUUUGUAUAAUAUUUAUUUAAUUAUUUGUAUUGUUCGAUUGUUUAUAUUUUAAAAGAAAGAUACUGAAGUCAAUUUAGCUGCUUUGUGAUCAAUUAUUAUUAUACUAUUAUGAUAUUGUUAUUUGAAAUAUAGCAGUCCAAUAAUUAUUCUUAAGUAUUGUCAAUAAACAAUGCUUUACUUUUUAUUAAA